AUGUCACGAAACAUACCAAAAAAACUUGUUGGCAGCAUUGUUUUGACCAGGUACAACAACAAAACCUACAGAAUAGAUGACAUCAUGUGGAAAAUGCGUCCGACCGACACAUUUGAGUUGCACGACAAAUCAAGAAUCACAUACAAAGAGUACUAUCUAAAGACAUAUGGAAAAGAUGGGCAAAUCACAGUUGAUGAUCAACCACUUCUUGCAUCCAAACCCAAACCAAAGGACAUUCGUAGAGGACAGAAGGAAAUCAUGUUCUUUGUACCUGAGCUAUGCUACCUCACAGGCUUGUCAGAGGAAGCCAGAGCUGACUUCACAGUGAUGCGGGACUUGGCAGUUUACACUCGAGUGCCCCCUGCUGACAGGGAGAGAACUCUCACCAACUUUAUCAAGCAGAUCAACACCAACGCUGGAGUAAGAGAAUAUAUGGGAGGUUGGAAUUUGCGUUUUGCUGACUCCAUGUUGACUCUUAAUGCUCGUGUCAUGCCACAAGAGAACAUAAACCAGCUCGGUAGCAAGUUACAAUACAGGCAAGAGGAGGCUAACUGGAGCAGAGACAUGCGAGACAAGAAACUCAAAACAGCAGUUGACCUUCAGAACUGGGUCGUGAUCUUCUAUCAGCGUAAUGAGCCACAGCUUCGUAACGAGCAGCAGGCGAAAGACUUUUGUGGGCAGCUUAAAAAUGUUGGACGUCCAAUGGGCAUGAACAUUGCAGAUCCAAUUGUAGUGAUGCUGAGAAAUGACCGCAAUGAGUACUACCUGACUGCAAUUAGACAGAACUUAGCCCCCCAGACACAGAUGGUGAUGUGCAUUGUGCCUUCAAACAAGCCAGACAGAUACAAUGCCAUCAAGAAGUUAUGUUGCGUUGAACAUCCAGUGCCCAGUCAGGUGAUCCUGUCUCGCACACUGAGUAAAAAGGACAUGAUGAAGUCAGUUGCCACAAAGGUGGCUAUUCAAAUAAACUGCAAGAUGGGCGGUGAAAUCUGGUCUUUGGAAAUUCCGGCCUCGUGUAGGAAUGGUGUUGUUAAGAAGAGGAUCAACUCUCGGUUCUUUGCCCGCGCUGGACAAGGCCUGGGUAAUCCACCACCUGGAACCGUCAUUGAUAACACUGUCACCAAGCCUGAAUGGUAUGACUUCUUUGUGGUGUCCCAGUCAGUUCGUCAGGGCACUGUUACUCCGACCCACUACAACAUCAUCCAUGACACCACAGGUCUCAAACCUGACCACAUGCAGCGACUUACCUACAAGUUGUGCCAUCUCUACUACAACUGGCCGGGCACAAUUCGAGUACCAGCCCCCUGUCAGUACGCCCACAAGCUUGCCUUCCUGGUGGGACAGUCAAUUCACAGGGACCCAGCCAUUGAGCUAUCGGACAAGCUUUACUUCCUAUAAAGUAAUGAAUGCAUGAUCACCGCACUCGUACCAGAUGACGAAUCCAGCAGCCCAGAACAAGAGUCAUCGUGUAACUGAAUACGAAUCCAGCAGCCGAGUACAAGAGUCAUCUUGUAACUGAAUACGAAUCCAGCAGCCCAGUACAAGAGUCAUCGUGUAACUGAAAGCCAGGGCAUCAAAGCAGUAGCAUCUUUGUGUUUAAACGAACUUUCAAGAUUUGCAAAUCGCAAUUAAGUUACCAUGAAUUUCUUAUCUUUUUACGUGUGUGAUAUAUUACUUACAUGUAGGUCAUUCUGAUAUAUAUUUUUCAAAGGGUGUCAUAUUGUCAUAUUUGAAGCUUUGUGUUUAAAAUGACGCAAACUGUAUAAGGUAAAAAAUUUUUUAAAUGAAUAGGUCAAUCAACCAUAAUGUUAAAUCUUGUUUAAAAAUCAGAAUGACAUUCUUUAUUUGAUGUUUCAUAUGGUGUCAAACAGGGUAAGCCAUAGCCAUAGUCACCGGUAUUAUUAUUAAAUGAAAUGAAAGAUUGUGUUUAAGUUAAUAAAUCACCUUAACAUGUAUAUUUGAUAUUUUUAUGUCCCCCACUAUAGUAGUGGGGGACAUAUUGUUUUUGCCCUGUUGGUUGGUCUGUUGGUUGGUUGGUUUGCGCCAACUUUAACAUUUGCAAUAACUUUUGCAAUAUUGAAGAUAGCAAACUUGAUAUUUGGCAUGCAUAUGUAUCUCAUGGAGCUGCACAUUUUGAGUGGUGAAAGGUUAAGGUCAUCCUUCAAGGUCAAAGGUCAAAUAUAUGGGUCAAAAUCACUCAUUUAAUGUACACUUUUGCAGUUUUUCAAUAUUCAAGAUAGCAACUUGAUAUUUGGCAUGCAUGUGUAUCUCAUGGAGCUGCACAUUUUGAGUGGUGAAAGGUCAAGGUCAUCCUUCAAGGUCAGAUGUCAAAUAUAUGUGGCCAAAAUCGCUAAUUUUAUGAAUACUUUUGCAUUAUUGAAGAUAGCAACUUGAUAUCUCAUGGAGCUGCACAUUUUUAGUGGUGAAAGGUCAAGGUCAUCCUUCAAGGUCAAAUAUAUGGGUCAAAAUUGCUCAUGUAAUGUCACUUCUGCAAUAUUGAAGCUAGCAAAUUUAUAUUAGAAAUGCAUGUGUAUCUCAUGGAGCUGUACAUUUUGAGUGGUGAAGGGUCAAGGUCAUCCUACAAGGUCAAACGUCAUAUAGGGGGACAUUUUGUUUCACAAACACAUCUUGUUAUUUAUGCCGUUAUGUGCUGAUGGUAGUGAAUUAUUUGUUGCACAUGUUUGCAACGUCAAAUCUUGACCAACUACAAUAUUCAUGUAAAAGGGGAUUAAACUUUAAUAUAAACAAUAACUUAAAUUGGGAUAUAUGAAAAAACAAAACAGUAUUUCUACAUUUGGGUUGAUUUCUUAUAAAUAAUUAUAAAUAAACAAAUUGUUGAAGUUUUAACAAAAUAGAGCUGUGAAAGCUUUAAACUACAAUAUACUGACCUUAUAUCAAGAACUAUAAAGUCACUAAAUAAACAAGCCUUAAAACAUAUGCUGUGUUUUGUGUAUCUUCGGUUGAGUCUAGUUAAGUACAAAAGAAAAAAUAUAAUUAUUACUUUGAUUUUUAAUUGUUCCGAUAAUUCAGUAUAACAUUCAGGAAAUUAACAAAAUGCAUUUAUUUUGAAGAACUAUGUUUGGUCCUGGCAAUUAAAUUCUUUUUAGUUUAGUCAGUAAAAGUUAUAAUUUAGUGUUUACAUUGAAAUACGCACAUGUUUAUGUUCAGUGUAGAUGGACUAUGUAAGAGUAUUUUAGAUACAUGUAUAUACGUGCCUGUGUGUUUUAAGCUUCGGUCAUUGUUGACGAAAAAGCUCAUGAAAAAAUACUAAUUUCUCAAAAAAAUACACGCCAAUCUCUUUUAAUAUAACACUUAUGAUAGACUCGACUGAAUCUAGACGGCCUACCUCUUUCUUCUCUCCACAAUAUAAUAUUCUGAAACUAUAUUUUUUCAGCUAAAUUUGUUAGAGCUUACAUUCUCAAACUUCUAUGGUAGUUUGUAUGACUGUAAAAUGUAUGUUUUCAGAAAUAAAAUGUUUUGAAAAAAAUA